AUGGAAGAGACUAUAAUUGACGAAUACCAAAUAAAGGAAGUGAAACAAGGCAAGAUCACCGUCGCUUCACUUGAAAGAUUAAAGAUCCAAUUGAGGACUGAAUCGAAUAGAGAGUCAAAGCUCAUCACUUCAAACCUACCUUCCAUUGUUCAAAGUUUCAACCAGGUCCUUGAAGAAGACGAAGCAGAUGAUCCAGACGAGCCAGAUAAAAGGAGAUUAUCACCAGGUGUAUAUCAAGUCCUUGUCAAUCUUGUUGCCCAGAGUGAUGAAAAUCGGGAUUUUUUCACUACUGAUUCAAAUGAAGUCCACCUGUUUUGGAAAUUAACACGAUCAUUACUUGAUACAGGAGAUGAUACAUUGCAUUGGUUGAUACUCAUAUUUCUCGGCCAAUUCAUCGUUGAAUCACUGAAAGUUGGUGAAUACAUGUCAUUUUUGCAUCAUGAAGGAAUUCAUAAACUGGUUUACUCCCUUGUCGACGACGACAAGAAUGGUGCAUUUGACGUUGCAUAUGAACUUGUCAAAGCUCAUGCCGACAAUUUGAAUGAUGAUGACAUUACACUAAUAAGCACUAUUAAAAGCAAGUUUGAGAACUACUUUCAUCAAGAAGAGGAUACUGAAAUUGUUGAAAAAGUGGUUGAAAUCGUAGCUUAUUCAGGGCCUGAUAAAGAUGUGUUUGAUAAAAUACUCAGCCGUCUUUCUCAAGUAGAAGAUACUGCUCUAGCAAGGAAAAUGUUAGUUGCAGCAAGUUUAGUUUUCACCAACAAGCCAGCCGAUAUACCGUUUGAUCACUUGAGCUCGCCCAAUCCUUAUGUAUUUGCGGUAUGUUGCAUUGCCGUAGGUAACAGUAUCGAUAGUGAUACUACAAGGGACCUGGCGUAUGCUCUUGUUGAUGCCGAAUUUGGUAUUGAAAGAUUACUUGAAACAUUCUUCAAAAGAUUCAAGAUUUCGGAUGUAAUUCAGAUUCAAGCUAUCCAUAUGUUGAGCAAUUUGAUGGAUGAAAAGAUUUCUAAUGAGAUAAUAUUACAAUACAUGGACGAACUCAUAGCCCUUGACCAAAUUGUGAUCGAUAAUUCGCAAUAUUAUCAAGAGAUAUCCGCGUUGUAUUUCAAGUUUGUGAAAAAGUUGCUCGUUUCAACCACAGAACGUGUUCCAAUUGCAUUUAUUAAACAAACAAAUGGGUUUGAUAGUACCAUACCCGAUUUCAUUGGUGCGAAAUAUAUUCUUUUGCAAAAGCUCAAUUUUGAUACGGAAGCAGCAAACGAUGAGACAUUGCAACUCAUAAAAUCAACUGUGGCGCAGGUCAAUCAACUGGAUAUACUAGAGCAGAUCAAAACUACAUCUAUUAUCAACCAACAUCUAACCUCGCAAAGGAUAUCACUAGAGCCAGAAAGUGUAGCUCAAGUUUAUCUCCAACCACUUCAGGAAAUAUUGAAGCAACUACACAAUAGUCAAGUUUCAGUAACACAAGAUGCAAACUCGUGGCAAGCAAAAGCAUUCAAGAAUAAUUUGAAAUACAUGGCAGCCACAACCACCAAGGUGCUUGAAUCAAACUCAAGCGGAGUGUCACCAAGCGACUUUGACGAAAUUGAGCGAAUCUGUACCCAAAUUCUCACUGCGGAGUAA